AUGUCCGCUCCAACAGCUAACAAUGUCGUUUCUUUCAAGGACCGGGCAACGGCCGAUCAAGCCAAACCCCACAACGAUCUCCUUGUCAUCGAGCUAACGAUCCAGGACAUUGACCUAGCGAGAGUGUUGGUCGACACCGGAUGCUCGGCCAAUAUUAUCUACAAAAGCACCCUCGAAAGAAUGGAGAUCGAUCUGUGCGCCGUUACGGAAAGACCCAGCCCGAUAUUCGGACUCUCGGUAAAUGCUACUAUGACUCUCGGCUCGAUCGACCUCGUUGUCAAAGCCGGGAGCGUCACCAAAGUCACGGAAUUCUUAGUCAUCGACCGCCCAACAUCGUACAACGCGAUCGUCGGUACUCCAUUGCUGAAUUCCAUGCAAGCGAUCCCUUCGACAUUCCAUCUGUGCCUUAAGUUUCCAACCCCUCGUGGAGUCAAAACUAUACAAGGAGACCGCAGGAUGUCGCAAGUAUGCUUCGCCGCCGAGUUAAAAAGAAAGAACUUGGCGAUCGAAACUUCCCAUUAA